UGACUCAGCAGCCACUUCGAGGAGUGACUAGUCUUCAUUUCAACCAAGACCAAAGCUGCUUUUGCUGCGCCAUGGAGACAGGUGUGCGCAUCUACAAUGUAGAGCCAUUGAUGGAGAAGGGACAUCUGGAUUCCCCAGAAUCCUGGCCUCCCCUAGGCAUCCCAAGGAACUGGCAGAUGAAGAUAUCAACAUCUGAGAGUCACACAGUGAGGCCUACAUCUUGGAAGUUGUGGAUCUUACCACUUGAGAAGCUUGGUGUUUUGUCUUCAUUUAACAAACACUUAUCAAAUGCCUCCUGUAUGCCAUGUCCUUACCUAUGGAGCGUUUGCUGUGAGCCUGUUACUAUUUUAAGUACUUUACACAUAUUGACUCAUUUAAUCCUCACAGUAAAUCUAUGUGGUAGGAAGUAUCAUUAUCCCCAUUAUUACAGGGGAAGAAACCGAGGCCCAGAGAGGUUGAGUGACUUAUCCAAGGUCACACAACCAAUAGGUUUUAAAAUCUUGGGGCUAUUUCCCAAUGCCCUCUUGCUUUGAGUCUCAAGUGCCAUCUUGUUUUAAGGGUUUUUGUUGAUCCCAUUGGGACAUGACAAGAAACACCUUAGGCAAGUCACAAGAUUCCUAGGAUUCCUCAGAGAAAUCUUCUGGGGAUAUAGAAUGGAACCCUGGAGGCAGUAGUUACUGAUGGGAAGUCACAGGCCUGGGUGCAAGUCCCUACUUGGUUGCUGAUGGGGUGGGAGGUCCUUGAUCAGAUACUCAACCCCUUCAAGCCUCUAGUUUCCUCUUCUCUAAAUGAGUAACAGUUCUAGAACCUGUUCUCUUAGGAAUCACAUCUGCGAGUGCUCAUGCUGUGUGAGGCUGACAUCAGGUGUUACAGCAAAAGGUUAAGCAAGUGGGUUGAUGUCCCAUGGGGAGAAGGGAUGGGUCUUGUGUCACCAGGGCUGUCCCUCACCCUAAACCCUGGCCCCGACAACGCACCCACCUGCUCAGCAGUGCUGAUCUGGGACGAUGCCCGGGAGGGCAAGGACUCCAAGGACAAGCUGGUGCUGGAAUUCACCUUCACCAAGCCAGUGCUGGCUGUGCGCAUGCGCCAUGACAAAAUCGUGAUCGUGCUGAGGAACAGAAUUUAUGUGUACUCCUUCCCCGACAAUCCCCAAAAGCUGUUUGAAUUUGACACCCGGGAAAACCCCAAAGGGCUCUGUGACCUCUGCCCCAGCCUGGAGAAGCAACUGCUAGUGUUCCCAGGACACAAGUGCGGAAGUCUGCAACUUGUGGACCUGGUGAGCACAAAGCCAGGUACUUCCUCUGCUCCAUUUACCAUCAAUGCACAUCAGAGCGAUGUGGCCUGCGUGUCUCUGAACCAGCCAGGCACUGUAGUGGCCUCGGCCUCCCAGAAGGGCACCCUUAUUCGCCUUUUUGACACACAGUCCAAGGAGAAACUGGUGGAACUGCGCCGAGGCACUGACCCUGCUAUUCUCUACUGCAUCAAUUUCAGCCAUGACUCCUCCUUCCUCUGCGCUUCCAGUGAUAAGGGCACAGUCCAUAUCUUUGCUCUCAAGGAUACCCGCCUCAACCGCCGCUCCGCGCUGGCUCGUGUGGGCAAGGUGGGGCCUAUGAUUGGGCAGUAUGUGGACUCUCAGUGGAGCCUGGCGAGCUUCACCGUGCCUGCUGAGUCAGCCUGCAUCUGCGCCUUUGGUCGCAAUACUUCCAAGAAUGUCAACUCUGUCAUUGCCAUCUGUGUAGAUGGGACCUUCCACAAGUAUGUCUUCACUCCUGAUGGAAACUGCAACAGAGAGGCUUUCGAUGUGUACCUUGACAUCUGUGAUGACGAUGACUUCUAAGGACCCUGUGGGUUGUGCUAGGGACCUGCAGUGGCAGACUGCAAAGACUUUGCCGGGUUGGGAGUGCCGUGGAAGCCACAAACCAGCAAACAUUAAUGGGGCAGAUGCCCAGUUUCCACUCUGCAGAGCAAUGCCUAAAUAGCUCACUUACCCCAAGCACUUUUUGAUGACUCUAUGCCCAAAGGGCCAAGCCUAGGACACAGGGAAGCAGCAGACUCCCUGGGGCUCCCAGCCUGGAGAAGACUGUUAGGGACCCAGAGAGUGCCCUAAUCCAACCUGUGGGGAUUUAAAAAAUUUACGGGAAAGAGAUGAUCUCUGAUGUGAUGAAUAUGAAUAAAAGGCCCUUAACAAUA